UCUUACCAUCUGAGGAGAUGAGGCUACCGAGGUAAUUAAACUUGUCUUUUUGAUUAUUUUUUGUUUGCCUCAUGUGCUCUGCAGAUAUAAUGGCAGAAGUUAGUCAGGCUUUUCUAGUUAGACUCUACCCACACCCCCAACUAGUUAUGGGAGUGUUCCCCUUUACAGCAAAAUUAAAUUGAGGCUGACAGAAUUUCUUUUCAGAGGAUGGGCAGCUUGUCUUCCUUGGACUCUCCUGAGCAGUGUCCAACUGCAAUUAUAGGAGCAGAGUUGCCAUCCUCCUGUCCUGUCUCCCCAGUCUUUCAUUCCCAGAAAAAAAGACUGAGAAGAGGGUUAGGCUAGCAAAGGAGUUGCUGUCAUCCUCUGUUUUCGGGAUUUCUGCUCACCCCCUUUUCUUUGUUCCCCAAAGGUCUCCCCAGUAGAAAGAUGCAACAGGUUCCUAUGGCCUGUUUUGGGUCUGUAGGCAGAAUCAUGUGGGAGGGUUUGGAUGUCCUAGACCACCUCUGCCCCCUGUUUUGCUCAAGUUGCAUCAUCAAGGGCUGUAAGCAAUGGAUUGUGUUGCUUAAAGUUAGUAUUUGGUUAGAAUUCCUUUUGGCAAUGCUUGAGGUUGGCUUUUUGUCCCUCUUCUCAUUAUUUGUUUGUAAUUGUUUGGAACUGAAACCCUAUUAUUGAAGCUUUGAUCAAACAUCGAGUAUUGCCAUUCUGAAAAUACAAGAGAGUCUCACAGCUCAGCUGAAGGCAAUAAAUAUAGCUCGUUCUUAGUUUCUGCUGUUUCUAGUUCAAGAAGUGAUGGGAGUUGCUGUUAGUGAAUUAUGGAUUUUUUUGCUUUACAAUACAGGAAAUGAGAUGGCAUUGUCUUGCCCAAUUCAGAGGGAAUCCUUCAAAAUACAGCUUUUUGAGAGCCACAUUAAUUUCUUUCCUGCUGUCAGUACAGAGAACAAAUGCUUGAAACCUCUUAAAUUUUUUUCUGCAACAAAUUUCUCCCCCUUUCCCCCUCAAUUUUUGGACCCUUUUGAAGGAUACUGUGAAUUGGUGAUUUUUAAAGCUUUUAAAGGUUUUGUGCUCCUAUUUUAUGAGAACCUGGAAGACGAACAGAAGCUGAUGUUUCCUGUCUCUAACCCCCUGCUGCCCUCUUCCUGCGUGUUGAAAUAGAUUGAUCCUUUGGCACCAAGAUCCCUUUAUUAGAUGGACUUUGUCAGUAUUGUCAGUGUUACCUGUGAGCAGAGGCAGUCAGUGUCUGUGUCCAGUGUUUCAUGUCAGCUGGGUGAGGGAACAUGUGGAUGUGGCUCAAAGGAAGCCUUGAAACUUCUCCAGUGUUUCUUUUUCCUUUACUAAAAAAAGCCACCGAUAUUCUGAAUUGUGAACCAGGAACCUCCUGGAAAGAGAAAUGAAAGCGCUGAAGAGGAUUCCAGUCUUGUGACUCUUUCCUGAAGGAAUUCCAGUCUCCUGGGCCAUCACCUUCACCAAAAAACAUGGAGAAGUUUGCAUCAGACAGGCCUGUUCCUGUGUCUAAGAACGGAAUCCCUACUCCUCCUUCCCAGAAGAAACCAGAUACAAACUCAUGCCCUCAUGCAGCUGGCAAGUGUGUUCUCCCUGGUGGGGUGGACAGUGAGAACUGCAAGAAUAACGAGAAGGAAAGGCAGUGGAUCCGCCCUGAUACACCCAGCAAAUGCACGUGGAAGCUUGGGAAACCCCUCUCUGCCUCCCCACAUCAUCAUACCUCUCUGUCAGAGCCUCCAAAGAUCCUGCCAAACAUCCUGAAUAAAGUUGGCAAUACACCUUUGGUGCGAAUCAACAAGAUUGGGAAGCAUUUUGGACUCAAGUGUGAUCUCUUGGUCAAGUGCGAGUUCUUCAAUGCCGGGGGCAGCGUCAAGGACCGCAUCAGCCUCAGGAUGGUGGAGGAUGCUGAGAGGGCUGGGAUCUUGAAGCCUGGGGACACAGUCAUAGAGCCAACCUCUGGGAACACAGGAAUUGGGCUGGCCUUGGCUGCGGCAGUGAAGGGUUACCGCUGCAUCAUCGUGAUGCCAGAGAAAAUGAGCAUGGAGAAGGUGGAUGUCCUGAGAGCUCUGGGUGCUGAGAUUGUGAGGACCCCAACUACAGCCAGAUUUGAUUCUCCUGAAUCUCACGUGGGAGUGGCGUGGAGGCUGAAGAACGAAAUCCCCAACGCACACAUCCUAGACCAGUACCGGAAUCCCAGCAACCCCCUGACACACUAUGACACCACAGCUGAGGAGAUCCUGCAGCAGUGUGAUGGAAAGAUAGACAUGCUGGUGGCUACGGCUGGCACAGGAGGGACUAUCACUGGCAUCUCCAGAAAGCUGAAGGAGAAGUGUCCAGGGUGCAAAAUCAUAGGUGUGGAUCCUGAAGGCUCCAUCCUUGCUACACCAGAAUCACUGAACAAGACUGACAAGACAAUGUAUGAAGUGGAAGGAAUCGGAUAUGAUUUUGUCCCCACGGUGUUGGACAGAUCUGCAGUGGACCAGUGGUACAAGAGCAACGAUGAGGAGUCCUUUGCUUUUGCUCGCAUGCUGAUCCGAGAGGAGGGGCUGCUGUGUGGUGGCAGCUCAGGCAGUGCCAUGGCUGUGGCUGUGAAGGCAGCCAAGGAGCUGAAGGAGGGUCAGUGCUGUGUUGUCAUCCUCCCUGACUCUAUCAGGAACUACAUGUCCAAGUUUUUGAGUGACAAAUGGAUGAUUCAGAAAGGGUUCAUGAAAGAAGAGGACCUUGGCAACAAACCCUGGUGGUGGAACAUCAGUGUUCAAGAACUGAGCCUCUCUGCUCCCCUGACUGUGCUUCCAACUGUUACCUGUGCAAAGACUGUCGAAAUUCUCCGGGAGAAGGGAUUCGACCAGGUACCAGUUGUUGAUGAAUCUGGGGUGAUUUUGGGCAUGGUUACCCUGGGUAACAUGCUUUCUUCACUGCUUGCUGGAAAAGUUCAGCCUUCUGAUGAAGUCAGAAAAGUAAUCUACAAGCAAUUUCAACAGAUUAACCUGAAAGACAACUUGGGGAAACUCUCUCAUAUCCUGGAAAUAGACCACUUUGCUCUAGUGGUUCAUGAGCAAAUUCAGUAUCACACUGAUGGCUCCUCCAGCAAGAGGCAAAUGGUGUUUGGCAUCGUCACAGCCAUCGACCUGCUGAACUUUGUGACCGCACGAGAGCGGGAGAGGAAAUCCAACUAAAGCCAAGCGGCGACGUGGAGCCUCUUCACCAACGUUUUGCAAUCUCCAACAAGGAAUCAGGUUUAUUUCUUUAGUAGAAUGGCCUUGAGUAGAAUGGUCUUAGGGUGUUUUUUGUUGUGUGGUUUUGUUUGGUUUUUUUUUUUUAAUUCUGAAAAUAAGCAGUUAGCUAUCCUGGUGUCAGCUCUACAGCCAGUGUGUCUUGCUGUAUUGCACAGCUUCCGAGGACUUGUUUCUUAAUCACCUUACCCAAUGUUUCUUAUCAAGACAAUUUUAUUUUUUUACCUAUAUAUAUACAUAUACAUAUAUAUAUGUGUGUGUAAAAAAUAUUGCCUAAGUUAACUGGUAUGUUCCUCGUUAUGUCUAAAGUCUGGAUUUCGAAAACAUUGUCUCGGACUCAUAAAAUGUGUUGAAAUAAAGAGUUAAUGAAGCAGAGGCCCAAGAGAGCUCUGGAAAGUUUCAGAUAAUUUCUCCAUGCAGAGGGGUUAAGGUAGAUAUUGCCUGUGUGGAGACAAAAGUGGGAGCUGGGGCAUGGGGAUAAAAAAAGGAGGGUUUCCCUUUUGGUGGCAUCAGUGUAAAACAAGAGGAAAUCCUGGGGGUUGCAGCUGAGACUUGCUUCAGUCAUCUAUUCUGAGGAAAAACUAGUUUGAGUAGAAACAUGGCAGUGAAGUGACAACCAUAAACUAGUGGUUUUGUUUUUCAUGGUGCACCAGCUUUCCCUAUGAAGACAGACCUUUUUUUUUUCCAGUGGCACCCUGAUAAGAAAACAUAAAUGGAAAGAUUUAAAAGGACCAAGCUUCUUACCUGAAGGCUUUUUAAAAUCACACUGUAUCAUCUGUUAUCUUCCCCUUGUCUCCCCACCUUUUCAUUUAUCUCAAAGUGCUUUUUUUGUGCCUGUUUUAGAAGAGCCAAAGGUAAUCUGGCAAAGAGCUGUAAACUCUUAUGAGUUUUGCCAGAUGGUCCUACACUAUAGUGCCUUAUUCCAGGAGAAAAACUCUGUCAUUAGGUGGAUUCAUUGUAGCCAAGUUUGGAAGUAAAUGCCAAACAUGGUGUGGAAUGGUAUUGUCAAGAGUACACAAGAGUGGUGUGCAGCAGGACAGAAACUUUUCACUGUUUCUGUAACUCUGGGCUCUUCAGUCAUGUUUGAUGUGCAUGGCCCUGGCACAGCUUGGCACCAGCAACCCCAGCUGUGCAGCCACUGCUCUCAGUGAGUGGAGUCACCCUCUGGGGACAGGAGAAAAGUAGCUGUUCUUGACCUUCAUAAAGGCUGCCCUGAUCAUAUUCUGACUGGCCUUUUGCCAAGAAGAGCAUUUUCGAUCAGCAAGAGUGACAUUUUUCUUGGCUCGUCUCUCCACUCAAGUUAAAAAAACUCCAAUUAUUUAGGCUGGGUCUAUUGCUGGCAGGACAGUAAAGUUGGCUUUGUAAAAAGGGAGUUGUGAAUCAGCCAAGAGAAAACAAAGGGAUUAUUAAAAAAAUCACUGUUACUGCCUCCUGUAUGUAGAUUUCUCUCUACCUUGCUGGCCUCCCUGUGGCAGCAGGAUUUGCUGUCCAUUUUGGAAGCGUGUGGUCAGAGGAGAGAGGUGGUGGAAGCAAAGAACAUCCAGCAGAGCCUUUGCAGUUGUGCCUUGGGUAAUGGAGGAGGGAGGUGAUCAAAAGGGAGGCCAGAGGUCCAAGCCAAAGAAGUGACACCAAGGAUGGUGUCCCCCUGCCAGCAGUGACAGCCUCGUUUGUUUUCUUGCUGCUUCUCUCUCAACUUAAAUUUGUGCAUGUUAUGAACUUUGUUGCAAUAAUAGAAAGGCUUAGGCUGAUUUCUGAUUACUUUUUGGUGCCAUGCUGCUGAAUGCUGAGUUUAUUCUGCCCUUGUUCAAUUUAUUUCCUUAGACAUUGGCUACCCCUUCAGAUUAGGGCUAUUGCUGAGUUAACAUGACCCAUACUUACCCCUAACUGUAGUUUAACAAGUAAAUUCAUAUACUUCCCUAGGUUAUAAGACAAUUUUUCUCAAAGUUCUGGAAUAAACUACUAAAAAGUCUAAAAAUACACAAGUUCAAUAAUAAUUGGUUCUAAAGUGUGGUUGAUUUUUUUAAUAUUUUUUCCCCUUUUGCUGUGCAGUGAUUUCUCUUUCACUGUUCCCUCUCACUGUGGAAAGCUGAGCUAAUGUGAGUAUCAGAAGUGUGUGUUACCUGUGUGUUAAAACCACUGUUUUCAAGCCUGUAUUAGCUUUUCUGGGCUGAACAGCUCUGUCCUACCCCUGUUGCUGCUUGGCAGAGCCUCAUAACUCAGCUUUCAAACUGUGUUUUUCAGCUUCUUCACAAGGGGUCAUAAAUAUCUUGUAGCAGUUAAGGGCACCAUGUUUGAUUCCAGAGCUUCUGGCAUCCUUUUUUCUCGGUGUUGAGAGUCUGUGAGUGGUCAGUUGUACCCCUUGAGACAUCAGUAUUUCAGCUGAGCUUCUAAACCCCUUCACAGUUACUUCAAUACUGUUGCCACAUACAUUUCCAUGUCUAUUCUUAAUUUACAGGGAAGAUCAAGAGACUUAUUUCUUUGAUUACUUGUAUUUUCACUGCAUCCUUUGAUUCCCACACUUGAGAGAGAACCUGUGUACUUCGCUAGAUGAUACAGCCUGAAGUGUUUGCUGCAAUCGUAGCUGUCAGUGCUGCUAAAUUUUGGCAUUACUGCUGCUUUUGAAUGUUUGCUUUACUGACUUUUAUCUGAUCCUCACCCCACCUCCCCCCCAAAUUUUCCAUCUGACCUUUGCUGACGGCAGCAGGGAGGGAGGUGCUUGAGUAGCUGGGGUUUUUCCCUUUUCCCUGUAAAAGUUCCAUGUCCCAACCUAACUGAAUUCAGAAAGAAGUGUGAAGGAGGUAGAAGGAGGUUCCCAAAGUUGCUCUUCAGAACAGCACCACAAGAAAACAGUUGGAGGUGGGCCGGACAAUUAGUGGGCAAGAAAGAAGUGUAAAGAUUCGAAUCUUGGUUUUGUUAGUUUACUGUUCGUACCUCAAUCUCAAUGGUGUCAUGAAAACAGGCAGUAUGGUGGACUGAGAAAUAAGGGGUGGUUAGAGCUGGUAGGGCAGAGGGAAUGUGAGUCUAGAGCAAUCCAAGUAAGCCCAAGGUUCCAAAGAAAUCCAGCUGCUCCCCUCUGCCCAUGUGGUUUGUUAAGAAUAGGAGCUGUCUGCUGUUCUACACUGGCACAGGGAGGAAAAGGCAGGGCAGCCACCAGCCCCUCUUAUUCACAGUAGCAACCCUAUGUGACCAGAGUAAUUGGGGAAAUAAGUGGAGUUGCUGAAUGACUGAAAAACUUUCCAGAGCUCUUUCCCAUAGCAGGGACGAAGGCAGCAAAGAGAAGGGGACAGGGCUGAAGUUCUCCCUGCAAAAGCUUGUAUAAAUGUGAUGCUUUUUUGCAUAUCUGAGAACGUCAUUGCUGGCCUGGUCCUGGUUGGUCUUGGUAGGCUGUAUUAACACUGGGCUCAUCUUUGUUUCAAAUACUCUGAGGACCAAGAAAGACAUUGUGGUUUGUUCAGUCUUUAACCUGAAGCUCAAGGCCAGAGCUUGAACAGAACUGUAUUAUUCAUUUUUUCUGAAGUGGGUGCCUUGCAUCUCCUGUUUACCUGUGCUGGUUAUGCAAGUGCUGACUAAACCUGAGAACUAUUUUGCACAUGGAUAUUUGUAUUAACAAUUUAUGCUGUAUUUGUGUGUCACUGUAAGAGAAUAUCAGUCCUUUUGGUCUUGUGUUGGCUCCACAAUAAUGCUUUUAUUUUCUCACCUGAAGGCAAUUAUCCAGUAAAAUCUGUACAAUAUUUUACAAGCAAUUAUCAGGCAAUCACUUAAGGAUCAUGUUGAAGUUAUGUUCAGUGUUAUUUCCCACUUCUUGCACAAGCUGUGGCUGACUCUAGAACUCUGGCUAGCAGAGGUUCCUCUAAGCAGCCAGACCAGUCUCAUUUGCCCACUAAGCUCAUUUCUGAAAACUUCUGCUUGCUGUUACGAAUUUCACACAACACUCACUGUCAGGAGCUGCCUUAUCCCUGUCAUCCAACAGCCUUUCUUACAGUGUAGCAUCAACACACCACAACGACAAAGGGAAGAAUUCUUAUGCUUUAAGGACCUGAGGAAAAAAAAAAUCAAUACUAUGAGCUGUAUUUAUUGCACAAAUGUUCACAAACAUGCAAUAUAAAGAGUUCAAUAAAAACCUGUUUGAUUGCAGAAUGA